GAGUCUGUAUUCCGGACCCACCAACCCACUUGGGACAAUUGUCAACAGAUCUUACAAACUUUGUUCACCUCAGAGGAGAGGGAGAGGAUACGUGCUGAGGCAGUUAAGGCUGUGGUCGGGGAUGACGCUGGCCCCGAGGGCUUAGAUGAUGAACUGCCUCAACGACCCCCAGAAUGGGAUCCAAACACUGGGGAGGGGAUGCAGAGGUUACACACUUAUCACCGAAACCUCCUCAGGGGUCUAAGGGGCGCUGCUAAGAAACCCACCAAUUUAGCAAAAGUAGCAGCCACUAUGCAAGGGAAGGACGAAUCUCCCACGGCCUUUUUAGAAAGAUUAUUAGAGGCCUACAGAACUUAUACCCCCUCAGACCCAGAUGCAGAUGGGAAUACGAUGGUCAACAUGGCCUUCAUCUCACAGUCAACCCCAGACAUCAGAAAGAAAUUGCAGAAAUUAGAAGACUUUGGGGGAAAGAAUAGAAGUAGACCCCAACUUAAUAAAAAUCAAUGCGCCUUCUGCAAGGCUAUGGGACACUGGAAGAAAGAUUGCGCCAAGCUAAUGGCAAGAAAAGCACAAGAAACCCCUACACGCUUACUCCUAGAGACUGAGGAAGAUUAGGGGGGUCAGGGUUCCAUCAAUUUAGGCCCCCAGGAACCCAUGAUAACCCUGACGGUCGAGGGAAAACAAACUGACUUCCUCGUCGACACGGGGGCCACCUAUUCGGUCCUGCAGCAGGCCUCUGGAAAGCUCUCCUCCCAAAAGACAUCGAUUAUAGGGGCAACAGGAAAGCCAAAAGCAUACCCAUGGACUAAGGCCAGAAUCACUGAUCAGGAAGGGCAAAUCACUCAUUCUUUCCUCGUAAUGCCCGACUGCCCCUACCCAUUGCUUGGCAGAGACCUGCUGCGAAAGCUGAAAGCAACUAUAACUUUUCAAGACAACAGCACAACUCUAAGCUAGGGAACCAACAACUUUCCCACCAUCAUGGUUACAGUACCCCUUUCUGAGGAAUAUCUCCUUCAAGAGGAAAUGUCACCUCCCACUGGGGAAAGUAACUCACAGGAUGUCUUGACUAAAUUAGCCAUACAGAUCCCUGAAGUUUGGGCUGAAACAAACCCACCGGGGCUAGCCUCUCACCAGCCCCCUAUCAUUGUGCAAUUGGCCAGCACUGCUACUCCCAUUCAAGUCAGACAAUACCCAAUUCCCCAAAAGGCCAAGGAAGGGAUUGCCAAACAUAUUAAGAGGCUGAGAGAUGCAGGCAUUUUAAUUCCGUGUCAGUCCCCCUGGAACACCCCAUUGUUGCCCGUGAAGAAACCAGGAACAGAAGAUUAUAGGCCAGUUCAGGAUUUGCGGGAGGUAAACAAAAGGGUUGAGUCUAUCCACCCUACUGUGCCUAACCCAUAUACCCUCCUGAGUCUUUUACCUCCAGACAAGGUUUACUACUCAGUCCUGGACCUCAAAGACGCCUUCUUCACCCUGCCGCUUGCUGCGAAGAACCAACCCAUCUUUGCCUUUGAAUGGACAGACCCCGAAGGGGGUUUCUCAGGCCAGCUUACCUGGACCAGACUCCCUCAGGGCUUCAAGAACUCUCCCACCAUUUUUGACGAAGCCCUGAGCCGGGACCUCCUCAACUUCCGAGACAGCCACCCACAGGUAACCCUGCUCCAGUAUGUAGAUGACCUACUCCUAGCUGCCCGGACCUCCGAUGAAUGCCUUGCUGCCACCCGAGCCCUUCUCAUUGAGUUAGGCAAACUUGGGUACCGGGUAUCCAUGAGAAAAGCACAAAUAUGUGUCAAGAAAGCCACCUAUUUGGGUUACCACUUAGAGGAAGGGAAACGCACUUUAUCCUCAGGAAGCAUCCAAGCAAUCCUUGGGGUCCCAAGGCCAACCACCAAAAGGCAGGUACGAGAAUUUCUAGGCGCGGUUGGAUAUUGCAGACUGUGGAUUCUAGGGUUUGCAGAAAUUGCAAGACCCCUCUAUUCAUGUACGGGGGGAAAGGAACCUGAUUUAACUUGGACUAAAAGGGAAGAAGAGGCUUUUGAAAGACUUAAACAGGUGCUUGCCUCAGCCCCUGCCCUUGCCUUGCCAGAUACCACCAAACCUUUCCAGCUUUUCGUUGCAGAACGCAAAGGCAUAGCAAAAGGAGUCCUAACCCAGACUCUGGGACCAUGGAAACGCCCGAUUGCUUCUCUCUCCAAACAGCUUGACCCUGUUGCUGCAGGCUGGCCGUCCUGCAAGAGAGCGAUAGCUGCAACUGCUCUCCUUGUCAAGGAGGCGCAGAAGCUGACCUUAGGCCAGGACCUCCAAAUCAUCGGAGGCCACACCACUGAAGCCUUACUCAGGUCUCCUCCUGACAGAUGGAUUUCCAACGCUCGCCUCACCCAAUAUCAGGUACUAUUAUUGAACCCACCACAGGUUACCUUCUCCAAGUCUACUGCCCUCAACCCGGCUACCUUACUCCCCGACGAGAAUCAAGGAAAACUGCUCCAUGAUUGCCACUCAUUACUAGACUCCAUAGAGGGAACAAGACCGGACCUCAAAGACGAGCGAAUAGCCAACUCUGGCUAUGACCUCUAUACCGAUGGGAGCAGUUUCAUCAAGGAUGGAACUCGGUAUGCCGGGGCAGCAGUAGUCACCAACUUACAGGUAAUCUGGGCUCAGGCCUUGCCCCACGGAACUUCUGCACAGAAAGCAGAACUGAUUGCCCUGACACAGGCACUCAACUGGGCAAAAGGCAAGAGGGUCAACAUCUAUACUGACAGCCGCUGUGCCUUUGCAACUGCCCAUGUGCAUGGAGCCCUAUACCAAGAAAGGGGGCUCCUCACAUCAGCUGGGAAAGAAAUUAAAAAUAGAGAAGAGAUACUCAACCUCUUAGCAGCCAUCUGGCAACCUAAGGCUGUGGCCAUUGUUCACUGCAGAGGGCACGAAACCAAGCCUAGUCAGACAAAAGAAGGAAAUGACCUAGCAGACCGGACUGCUAAACAAAUUGCCCUAACUGAGGUACCACCACCUAUUAUCCCUAAGAUUCACUAUGACCACAUAGGCAAAUUAUCUAACCAGGGGCUUCUCAAGUCUUUGCAGGUCAUCGAAGUCAUCAGAAGAGAAGCCCGCCUCUCAGCCAAGGAAAGAAAACAACCCACUGAAGCGGAACCACCCCCACUGGACAUUGAGCCUGGUGACUGGAUUUGGAUCAAGAAGUUUAACAAGGAAACCCUCGAACCUACCUGGGAUGGGCCCCACUUGGUAAUUCUGACAACCCCCACAGCCUUUAAGGUGUCUAAUAAGACACCGUGGAUUCACCACACCCAGGUAAAGAAAGCACACCCUGAUCAGAUCCCAAAGAAAUGGGCUCUUUCCAAGGAUCCCACAGACCCUCUAAAACUCAAGUUUACUGCAUCCUCUUGA